GUGACAAACGAUAGUGAUGAGUCUUAAAACGUAAGAAGAAGUCGGCUGGGGGGAUCUGAUAAAAUUACUUUUGAGAUGAUUAAUGAACUUCCACAUGAAACUAAAGUGUGCUUUGUGAAAGAGUUAGAAAGUUUUUUCAAUAAUAAUAAUGUUAAAGAGGAGUGGAGAACAAUUAAAAUUGUUCCAAUUCCUAAAGCUAAUAAAAAUUUAAGUGACUAUAGGAAUUUCAGGCCGAUUUCCUUACUCUCUGUAGUGGUAAAGUGUAUAAAUAUGUUAGUUAAGAAUAGGUUGUAUGACUGGGUUGAAGGUAAAAGUAUUUUACCGCGAAAUAGUUUUGCGUAUCGCAAGGGGAAGUCGGCAUCGAUGUGCCUAAAUGAAUGCUUGCAUUGGGCUGGUAGGCUUAAACCGGGUAAUAAGAAAGUGUUUAUGUGUGUAUUGGAUAUCUCAGAUGCGUAUAAUUGUGUUGACAUCUCACUUCUAGGGGAUAUUUUAGAUGGUGUUGGUGUUGAGAGGAAGAUUUGCAACUGGGUCAUUAAUUUAUUUUCUAGGAGAGUUUUGGCUUUGGGUAAGGAAAGGGUUGUGGUUUCCAAUGGUCUCCCGCAAGGGACCUGCUUAUCCCCACUGUUAUUUAACCUGUACACUGCAAGUUUGCACUGUUUGGGUGAUGUAAAUACAAAAAGUUUCCAGUUUGCGGAUCAUUUCGCGUUGUUGUGUAGUGGGAAUAGGUAUAUUGAGGCUAUAAAUUGUUUAAAUGGUAAGUUGAAUGAAUUCAAUACGAUGCUAAAUAGCUUAAAUCUUAAUAUAAAUGUCAACAAAACGUAAUUUCUAUUAAUGAAUUCCACUAGUAAGAAAGUAUUUUCUCUUAGACUGGAUGGAGCCGAAGUGCAGCAGGUUAGGAAUAUCAAAUGGUUGGGUAGGACUAUUUCUUCUAAUGCUUCAAUUAGUCCUCAUGUAGAUAGAGUAAAGAGUGCUGCUAGUUCAAGUAGAAAUCUUAUCAAGAUCCUUACGACUAUAAAAGGUGGUUUGGAACCCAGAGUUGCGAUUAACUUCUACAAGGCCUUUGUCAGAAGCAAAGUUGAAUUUGCCAACACUACAUAUGCUAAUGCUCCCCGAGGGUUUAAUAAGAGGUUGCAAGGUAUUUCAAAUGAUACGCUGAGGAGGUGUCUAGGUCUUCCUCCGAGUUCUCCUAUUCACGCGAGAUAUGCACUGGCUGGGGAGCUUCCGCCUCUCAAAAGGGCUGAAUGGCUUACUGCCAAGGAGUUAGGUAAACAAUGGAUUGUGAAUGAAGAAUUAAGAAAGGAUCUGGUUAGUGAGUACCCUGUUAAGUCGAGUUAUAGUUUUGUUUAUUCCAAAUUUAAGAAUAUUUUUAACAAAAUCAAUGUUAAUGUCUCCUUUUGUAGACAUGCUAAUUUUAGUGUGGAAUUUUCUUCUUUGGUUAAGUCUAAGAGAGAGUUUAGUAAAGAGCAACUUACUAGUAUUUUCAGAUGUAAGUUUGAUGAAUUUGCGAAGGAAGGUUGUUAUAUGCUGGCGACUGAUGCAUCUGUAGUGAAUGAUGUUGCUGGUAUUGCUUUUUAUGAUCCUCAGGAAAAAAUGUAUAAGAUGUUUAAGUUGGAGGGGAAUUUUUCAUCUACUUUUGGAGAACUAGUAGCUAUUAGACAAGCAGUUUGUUUUUUAAUAAAACAAAACAUAGAUAAGUGGGUUAUUAUCACGGAUAGCUUAGCGGCUGUACAGUUGCUAGGAAGGAGGGUGUCUACAAAUUUUAUAGUGGCUUCUAUUCACAAUAUGAUUGCGAACUCGAACUGCAUUAGUGCCAAGUUGGUGUGGGUGCCUAGUCACGUUGGUAUUGGGGUGAAUGAAAGAGCUGAUGAAUAUGCAAAGGCUGCAGUCAGUGAGCGAUUGACGAUUAAUGUAGAUCUUACCUUGGGUGAAGCGUUGUGUAAAAAUUUUAAGUAAUAUUUGGACAGAGUGGGAAACAGAAUUUAGAGACAUCAGCAUUACAAAAGGGAGUUUUUUUGCUGGCAAUAUUAGUGAUAUUAAAAAGCGUCCUUGGUUUAUAGAUAAAAAAUGUGAUUUAGGUGUUCAUAACAUCAAACUUAUUAACAGGUAGAUGAUGGGACACACUUAUGGCAGCACUUAUUUAAGCAAGUUUCAGAGAGGUAUUGACGAUUUAUGCGCAGUGUGUAGAGUUAGAGAAACAAGCGAUCACCUUAUCUUUCAUUGUAAAAAAUGUUCAGCUGCUAGAAGCACUUAUACCUUUUUUAAUAGAUGUAAUAAUUUAAAAGUUUUUUAAUAUUUCUAAUUUGUCUCUUUUUAGUGAGCUUAUACAUUUUCUGCAUAAGGUAAAUCUGGACAAAAUCCUAUAAAAAAAAUUUUAAUUAUAUAAAAUAUAUGCUUUUUUGAAUAUUUGGAUUUGUCUAGCAAUAGACCUUUGUUUAAAUUUGAAAAAUAAAAAUACGAGAAAUGUGGUUAACUGAAUAUAUACAAUUUUAUGUUCUAGUAUCCUAGAUGACUGAUUAAUUGAAUAUACUUAAUUUGUUGUUCUAUCUUAUAAGACUGUCAUGAUUUAACUUUUGACCUGUGGAUGGUUGUGAAUUGCACCUUUUAAGUGCGUAGUAUAGUACAAAGUUUAGUAAUUAAAAAAAAAGAAUAAAAUAAAUAAAAACAGAAGAUUUUAUAGUAUUAAGAAGGUUAUAUAUAAGGGAAA